GCUCACGUUCGUUGUUCGGCUCUCGACGAAGAGCGAGAGCCACUUCCUCGUGACGCGGGCUCGCCGCGACCGUAAUAGCGCGCGUCGUUGUUCGCUACAGUGCCGUUCGCGCGCGCGUCUCUCCCGUGACCGCGCCGCUCCGCUCGCUCGCGUGCGACCUCGUCGCGUGCGCGGAAUCAGUGUGCUCGUUGGUGCAGAUUUCAGAGGAGCUCCGAGCGAAAUACAAAGGAAGAGAGAUUGAAAUCAGAGCACGACGAUAAAUUUUCAAGGAAUUUCAGCGUAGGAGCGGUGCGCCGGGCGAGGACGUUACUUUCCUGAACGCGUCACGGCGCUGCGUCGGCGGAUCGUCCCUUUAAUCGCGCGGCAAGAAAGCGAAACAGCGGUGAACUAAAAGGGGAGAGAGAGAGAGAGAGGGAAGAGCGAGGGAGGAGCGGGAGGCAGAGACGUGGUAUUUCGUGAGCAUCUGUCAGCGAACCGAGAAGCAAGCCUCUCUUCGGAGAAUAAAAUGCCACGAUGUCCAACUACAGUAGAAACGCCUGCGAUCAAAAGACCGCGGUGAUUGAUCAUGAAAGGAAGUAUCAGGAGGAUUUGGAGCAAGCCAAAGCUCUAAGUUUGGAAACCUUGGCUCUAGAGAAAUAUAGAUUGGAGAAGUUGCGAUUGGAAAAGUUUGGUACCGUGCCACAGUCUUGCUUCGCGCAAAAUAAUGUGUGCAGUGCAAACAGUGUAUCCGAGACAGAUGGCACACAGGGAGAAAGGUUUCAAAGCAGAAGUCGACCAAGACCAGGAUCGAUUAACACAAAUCAAAAAAAUACUGUAAUAUUAGCACCACCACCUCCAAUACCAUGUAGAAGAAAUUCAACAAAUACCACAACAAGUCAAGUUUCUACUGAUCUGAUAAAUUUCACAAGCCCUGUGAAACAAGAUAAUUUGACUGAAUAUUGUUCGGCUCCACCUCCACCACCACCAAAAGCACCAAUAGAACCUAAAUGGGAUACCCAUCCAUCAUUAUUAAAGAAACAAUCAAGAGUGUCUCGAAGUAAUAGCUCAGUCAGCGCAUAUCAUUCUAGAGAUUUUAGAUAUCAUUCUCUUUCUCCAGGCCCGCGAUCUUCCACAGCACCAUGUACGCCAGGAACACCAGGAAUUAGUCCUAUCAUGGCAAGAGCUAGUAGCGUUAGCAAUAAUGUACCUGAUAUUGCACCACAGCCUGCAUGGAAAACUAUUAUCUUUAAACAUUUUUUCUUCACGCAGAUUCCUCCAUUGCCUAUGAAUUAUAGACCAACUGUUGCACCUGCCAUAUGUGCUCCAUUUUCUAUGGAUGAUGAACAGUUGAAUGUAUUAAAAGUGAUAGAGAAAAAGCCAAAUAGCAAUCUUAUAGAUUUGAAUAAUUUUGAACAAACGGAAGACAAAACUAAUGUACGAGUUAGUGUAUUGGAGGCGUUUGAUCCAUUACUUAUUAAGACUGACAGUGGAAACAGUUCCAUGCAAGAACAGAAAGAUGAUUCUCAGUCACAAGUUAGUGGCAGUGUAUACGAUCCAUUCGACCCGUUCGAUUAUAUGUAUAGCACAAAUGAAAGCGUUAAUUCGGAUCCAGUUUAUGCUGCUGUGGAGAAAUCUGCAAAGUCGCCAGCUGUGUCGCCAGCUGCACCACCUCCACUGCCUCCUCGAAAUUCAUCUGCAUGGAAUACCAUAGAGAGACGAAGAACUUCAUUAGAUCGUCGAAAGCGUCAAACGCGAUUAUAUGAAAAUGUAACAGUCAUAAAAACUAGAUCAUCUCUGCAUGAUUGUGACCUCAAGGCGUUCCAUAAUAUGAUAAAAUCUAUACGAGGCGAAUUUCCGUUUAAUAAUCCUAGUACAAAUAUUGGAUAUGUUGUUAGCCCAAUGAUGGAAAACCUAUAUCCGGAUGGUACAAGUAUAAAAUUAGUAGUGCAUCCACAAUUAGUUAAUAAUGAUAAGGAUCCUACACCAUCUAUUACUUUCACUUGUAAUGUGAAUUGCAGUGUCGAACAUGUUAUUUUGAACGUUGCUUGUUCCUUAGAAGAUGAAGAUACAGUAAAUGUAGAAAAAUAUUGUCUAAGAGUAUGGGGACUAGCCGAAUACCUUGCACCCAACACAACUUUAGCACAAUACGAGUAUAUACAUCAAUGUAUUAAAUUAGAAAAAGAUAUCGAGUUAGCUAUAAUGAGCAGGGCACAAAUUAAACAAUCAAUUGCUCGAACACUGCAAGAUGAUAAUUGUGAUCAGUUUCUAAGAUUAGAGGACAUUCUACCAAAUGAACCUUCGCAACCCAUUUCAUACGAUACAUUAAUUAUUUUACUAGAGACAGUAGAAAAAGAAAUGGAACGCGUAGAAACUGCGGCGUUACAAUUGGCAACUACAAAUCAAGGUUCUACAUUAUUACCUCAACUUCAACCGCACGGUGUAGUACAAGCAGUUAAAGCAGUAUGUGCCUUAAUGGGAAAUAUUGAAACAUUUGAAAUCACGGAGGCUGUUGACAAUUUUGUAAACGCUUGCUGCCAAUUUUUGCCACAAGCUCAUACGGCUAAUAUAGAAUGUAAAAAGCCCGAAAUUAUACAUGAAGAUGGCGAUUACGCAAUAGUUACUUUGAGGAAAAAAUUCCCUGAUGUGAUUGCGUCUCACUGUCAUAAAAUUCGCGAUGCUAUUCAAGAACUCGUUGAAACAUACUGUCAUGCCUUCAAAGUCGAUUUUCAAUUAAACAGCAAAGGAGAAUUUCCGACGAAUACACUGAUUGCGACUGAAGUGCUUGAUACCAUUCUGGUGCGUGUUGGAUCUCUACAUAGGUUACCAACUACGUGGAAACAUGAUGAUUAUAUAGUGGCUGCUCAAAUUUUUCAUGGAACUAGACCAGUAGGAAAUCCAGUCUUAUCGGAACCAAUGACGGUCAGCUCAAAUUUUUAUCCAAGGAUUUUAUUUAAUUCAUGGUUGGAAUUUCGUGGAAUAAGCGUGUGUCAAGUACCACGAGAAGCCAGACUCGUGUUAGUUCUUUAUGGACGCACAUUACAGCCUACGGAGCACGAAUCUAACUCAUCGGCGGAAAAUGCAAUGCAAAAAGAAGAACUCGGAUGGGGUGCUAUACAAUUCUUCGAUUAUGACGGCGUUAUGAGCCAAGGGAGUUUUUUUCUGUCACUCUGGCCAGCAAUUGCAGACAAACGACUAGGUCCAGCCCCAGCGCCUGGAAUUCAUCCGCGUGGCGAUAUUCAUCCUAUUAUAGGAGUAGAAUUACCUGAUUAUGGAGGAAAGGUGUUAUUUCCCAAUUCCUUACGAGAUUAUAAUGUGGAGUCCUUAGAUUUCAAUUCGUUAGAUCAAAACACACAAGAAUUAUUAAUAGAUAUUACGCAACAGGAUACAUUCUCGAGACCGCCUAUUGACGAAAGGGAAAUUCUAUGGGAGAAAAGACAUUAUUUACAUGAUAGACCCGAAGCUUUACCAAAAGUAUUAUUAGCUGCACACAGUUGGGAUUGGGCAUGUCUACCUGAUUUACAUGCAUCACUUAGAAUAUGGAGUCCGUUACCUCCCAUACAAGCAUUACAAUUGCUUUUACCAUGUUUCCCAGAUAUGAAAGUUAGAGAAAUGGCAGUUGAUUGGAUUCGCGAGUUAAGCAAUGACGAACUAGUUGAUUAUCUGCCACAAUUACUUCAAGCGAUGAAACAUGAGACGUAUGAAGCGUCGCCUUUGACUCAAUUCUUGUUAGAACGUGCCUUACUUUCGCCGAGAGUGGCUCAUUAUAUUUAUUGGUUGCUAACUCAAGCGCUGCCGGGACAAAGUCCCCAGGUACAGAAUUCUUCUGAAAUUACUGUGGAAGAUGACAAAGCUAUUAGUUGCGCUCGUUAUCAACGAAGAUUGCAGUUAAUGUUGAGAGCAUUAUUAGCAGUUAUCGGAGAUGCGCUAAGAAAAAGUUUCCUCACCCAACAAUUGCUAGUUAAAAAUCUGCACGAAGUGGCAGAGAAUAUUAAAGUUACAAAGGAGUCACUGCGAAUGGAUACGCUUAAAACUGGUUUACAAAAUAUACACUGCCAGUUAAUGGAAGAUGAUGGAACGUGUUUACCACUGUCUCCCAGUAAAUUAGUAUUCGGUAUCAAUGUACAGACAUGUGCCUAUUUUCCGUCGUUCACUCUCCCAUUGAAAAUUAACUUUGUCAGCUGUGACAAUGUUAUAUGUCCAGCAAUUUUCAAGGUUGGCGAUGAUCUACAACAAGACAUGUUGACUCUUCAGAUGGUACGCAUUAUGGACAAAUUAUGGUUAAAAGAAGGCCUCGAUCUAAAAAUGGUUACUUUCGCUUGUGUACCCACUGGUCAUAAACGCGGAAUGAUAGAAAUGGUAACGAAUGCAGAAACGUUACGGAAGAUUCAAGUCGAGUUCGGGCUAACUGGGUCGUUUAAGGAUCGACCGAUCGCAGAGUGGUUAGCAAAGCAUAAUCCUUCGGAACUGGAAUAUGAGAGAGCAGUGGAAAAUUUCACUGCUUCUUGCGCCGGCUAUAGCGUUGCCACUUAUAUUUUAGGAAUUUGUGAUAGGCAUAAUGAUAAUAUUAUGCUAAAAACAUCUGGUCAUUUGUUUCAUAUUGAUUUUGGAAAAUUUCUCGGUGAUUCACAAAUGUUUGGAAACUUUAAGAGAGAUAGAACGCCGUUUGUGCUGACAUCUGAUAUGGCAUAUGUUAUAAAUGGUGGUGAUAAACCUUCAGCGAAAUUUCACCAUUUCGUGGACCUUUGUUGCCAAGCUUUUAAUAUAGUGCGGAAACAUGGAAAUCUUAUUCUUCAUCUUUUUGGACUGAUGACAUCGUCCGGUAUUCCUGGAGUGACUAUGGAUGCAGUUAGUUAUGUGCAGAAAGCUCUGCUUCCUGGACAAACAAAUCCCGAAGCGGCAGCGACUUUCGCUCGUAUGAUAGAAAGUUCGCUGAAAAGUUGGUUUACGCAGUUCAAUUUCUUCUUGCAUAACUUGGCGCAGCUUAGAUUCUCCGGGGAUCAUAGUGAUGGAGAACUAUUAUCUUUUAUUCCACGUACAUAUACAAUGCAGCAAGAAGGUGAAUUAACAAGCGUCCAAGUUCCGGGAUAUCAAAAACGCUAUGAUCCGGAAAAAUAUUACAUGUACAUUUUACGAGUACAACGAAAAGGCCAACCCGAUCCGACAUAUCUAUUCCGUUCAUACAAAGAAUUUUGCGAGUUUUAUCAGAAAUUAUGCAUACAUUUUCCACUUGCUAAAGUAACAAGUUUACCAAGCGGGAUUAGCAUGGGACGCUCUAAUAUUAAGCAAGUAGCCGAUAAACGACGGGCAGAUAUAGAAAAGUUCCUCGUAAGUCUAUUUAAAAUGGCACCGGAAAUAUCUCAAAGUGAUCUAGUAUACACUUUCUUCCACCCGUUAUUACGAGACCAAAAGAAUCCCGAUAUUCGUUCACGUAAAGUUAAAGUUGGAAAUAAUUGGUGGGCCGAGAAAAGAGUUAAAGAUAACAUACAGUGUGGUCAAAUCAAAUUGGUCCUUCAUUACGUUCGCGGUACUUUAUCUGUAAUGGUUUGUCAUGCACGAGAGCUGCCUAAAGUGGCUAAUGCUCAAGAACCAAAUACAUAUGUGAAGGUAUAUCUCAAACCUGAUCCUACAAAAGCGACGAAACGGAAAACAAAAGUAGUAAAAAAGAAUUGUCAUCCAUCAUUUAUGGAGAUGUUGGAAUAUAGAAUGCCUCUGGAAGUGAUCAAAGAGAGAACGCUUGAAGCAACGAUUUGGAAUCACGAUACUUUACAGGAGAAUGAAUUUCUCGGCGGUAUAAGUUUGCCUCUCGGAUGUCUCGACUUGACAAAGGAAAUUAUUGAAUGGUUUCCAUUAGGUAAUGUACGAUAAAGCGAUAUAAAGACUGCUCUGGAGUAUAUAUAUAUAUAUAUAGAAGUCCUUUAACGCUCAUAGAUAUUAUUACUAGGAUAUAGACGAUGUAAUAUUAGCGCACAAUAUUAAAGCUUCUUUAUUGCAGCCAAGUGCAAUAAUCACCGUGCUUUGAUAAACAUAAUUUUUGUUUAUAUAAUUUUGUGCAUCUAAUUUUGUCUUUUUUUUUUUGGAUAAAAAUCUAAAAAGAUUAUGUGAUAUAAUUAUAACAAAAAGAGAUUUAACUUCUACAACAAUUGCUAAAAGAAAUAGUAGGGAUAAUAUUUUAAAUUAUAUGUCUUAGCCUAUAUAACAAAUAACUCAGAAAAAACUUUUUAUUACAAAAUUAUAUAUUACAUUUAUGCAUACUUCUUUAAUAUUUUUUACAUGAAAUAUUUUAAAAUAUGAAAAAUUCAGCAUGAAUUUAAUAGAUCUGUAUUAAAAGUACUCUUUUACAAACGUUUUAUACACUUAUUUAUUUUUAUCACUUUUUACUAACUAAUGGAUACACAACUAUAAUUGUAAAUAGGCAACACUUUAUAUAUAAAUGAAAUCAUUUGUAACAAAUUAUCGAAUUAAGCUCUUUUACACCAAAAUAAUUUUGCGAUCCAUAUAAAAGAGUUUUCUAUCACAUAUAUCUAAUCAUAUGAAAUUAUAUAUAAAAAUAGUAUAUAAAAGUUAAAUUUUAUAUACGAUAUGUAGUAGGAUCAUGUUUUAUGAAUUUUUAUGGUGUUACUUCAUUAUUAGAAGAGAAAUAAUUGUCUGUUUAUGUAACGGCCUCAUUUAUAAUAAAUGUACUAUUGAUGAAAUUAUGUAAA